AUGGAUUCCUCCUCGCUCUACGCGUCUCCUCUACCAUGGCCGCCGUCGCGCCUCAUUGCUGUCGCCUGGCCUCGCUUUCGUCGCCUGUAUGCCAUCACUGCCUCACCUUGCCUCACCGACAGUCGCUGCAUUGAUUGUCGGCGAGGCGACAGCAGCGAGGCGCAACGGAGAGGCGAGGCGGCAGCCAUGGCAAGGGAGACGUGCAGAGUAGGGGGGCAGUGGCCCGCUUUGCAAAUUUGCAAAAAGCAUCAUCUAUCAAGAUCGAGGAUUCUCAAGAAGAUUGCUCUGCUCUUCCUCCUCCUUUCACUUUUAGCAUUAAUCCUUCUACCAAUUUCAUUUGCAGGCCAACAACAGAGCAACAAUUUGGCCGAGGAAGAUGAUACAACUUAUGAUGAUAAGCAAGAGGCAGCCACUACAAAUAAUAGAAUCCAAGAAAGGCUUCUGAGAAAUAAUGCCGGAGAUUAUGGACACUACGAUCCGGCGCCGGCUUUUGCCCGGCCUCGCUUCAAACUCAUUCCCAACUGAUCCAUCAAUCUUAGAUUGUAAUUGAGAUUUAUGAUAUUUGAAUUUGAGAUGUGGGGCACUUGUGUAUCAUAUUAAUCUCCAAUUGUUCCAAGUUAAUGCAGCAUCAAGG